ACCGCUUCCUACGCCCCUGCAGGCCUUAAGGGGUUACGGUCUGGAGGUUCCUCCUUCAGGAGGGUCCUGUCUGGAAGUCUCCCCUUCAGGGGGAUAAGAUCUGAAGUGUUCUUGAGUUGGAGAGCUACGCGUCACGUUUAUCGAGAAAUAAUGCGAGAGAGAGAGAGAGAGAGAGAGAAAGAGAAAGCGAGCGCGCGCGAUGUGUUGUGUUGUGGGAGGAGAGUUCGAUGACGACAUCCCACACUAUGAUAAAGCCCUUCUGAGGAGGAGGACAACCUGAGUUCACAGCAGACCUUGACGCGGAGAGAUACUGGAACCUUCUGGACAUCAUCAUGGAGUUAUAUUCCAAAGACAUGAAGAAACCCAAGCGGCUGUUCGGGAACAUCAAGCUGUUCGUGCUGUGCCACGGCCUGCUGCAGCUCACCCAGCUGCUCUACAGCUCCUACUUCAAGAGCUCCAUCACCACCAUAGAGCGGCGCUUCGGCUUCAGCAGCACCUCCUCCGGAACCCUGUCCUCCCUCCACGAGGUCGGCAACACCAUCCUGAUCGUGUUCGUGAGUUACUUCGGGAGUCGCGUGAACCGUCCGAGAUUCAUCGGUCUGGGCGGCCUUCUGAUGGCGGUCAGCGCCCUGAUGCUGACGCUGCCCCACUUCCUGUACCCCCCCUACGAGUUCGACUCCGUGCUGCACGACCGCCAUGACCUCUGCCGGGCGGCGGCCAACGCCAGCACCCCGGCGGCGUGCGGGGCGGGCCAGGAGGCCCUGCGGAUCAGCGAAGCCCACCGGGUGUGGCUGCUGAUGGGGGGGGCUCAGCUGCUGUUUGGGGUGGGCUCGGUGCCCAUCCAGCCCUACGGCCUCUCCUACAUCGACGACUUCGCCGGAGCCGCCAACGCGCCACUCUACAUCGCCAUCCUGUUCUCGGUCUCCGUCUUCGGGCCUGCGUUCGGCUAUCUGCUGGGCUCUGCGGCCCUCCGGGUCUACGUCGACGUGGACAAGACUGGAUCAGCGACCCACCAGGAGCUGACCCCAUACGACCCCCGCUGGGUGGGGGCGUGGUGGAUGGGUCUGCUGGUGUCCUCGUGCUGCCUGGCUCUCACCUCCAUCCCCUACUUCUUCUUCCCCCGCAGCAUGCGCCGGCGGAGCCAGAUGAAUGGGACCGAAGCGACCACGAGACUGGAACCGGAAGAAACCAAGAAACAAAAGUCGUCUUUGUUGGACUUCCUGAAGAUGUUUCCCAGUCUGCUGGUGCAUCUCCUGCUCAGUCCGUUCUUCCUCAUGCUGGUCCUCUCCCAGUGCUGCUUCUCGGCCGUCAUCGCCGGCUUGGCCACCUUCCUCAACAAGUUCCUGGAGCACCAGUACAGCGCCUCGCCCGUGGAGAGCAGCCUGCUCAUUGGUGCGGUGAACCUGCCCUCGCUAGCGGUGGGGAUCCUGGUGGGCGGGAUCAUCAUGAAGAGGGCGGGGCUAUCGCUGAAGGCCAUCCCCCGCUUCUCGGUGGUGGUGCUGUCCCUCUCGGCCCUGCUCCUCGUCCCGGUCUUCUUCAUGGGCUGUUCCUCCCAGGACGUGUUCGGGGUCAACCCCCCCCACGCAACCCCCUCCGGGGCUGUCUGUUACUCUAACUGCUCCUGCCCCGAGGGGGGGUAUAACCCGGUGUGUGGGUCCGACGGGGUGGAGUACGUCUCCCCCUGCAACGCCGGCUGCACCAACUUCACCCGGCACCCCAACAACACCUUCAAGGUCCAGGUGUAUACCAGCUGCAGUUGUGUGGCGGACCGCCAGGCCCAGGCCGUGCCGGGCCACUGCCCCAACAGCUGUCCCCACCUGCUGCUCCCCGUCAUGCUGACCAUCUCAUUUGCUGGGCUGAUCGCCAGCCUCUCCCACAACCCCAUCUACAUGAUGGUGCUCCGAACGGUUCCGCCCGAGGAGAAGUCUUUCGCCAUCGGAAUCCAGUUCAUGCUCAUGAGGGUACUCGCGUGGCUUCCCGCUCCGGCCCUCUUCGGCAUGGCCAUCGACUCGUCCUGCGUCUGGUGGAAGCGCAAGUGUGGCAGCAAGCUGAGCUGUGGUUACUACGACAACAACGCCUUGAGGAACAGGUACCUGGGUCUGAUGCUGGCCUUCAAGUCCAUGGGCAUCGUGUUCCUGGUCAUGCUGGGCUGGAAGCUGCGGAGGACCAGAGAGUACAGCCUGGAGAAGACGGAGGAGGGGCCGUUGUAACGCGGACGGCUCCACCGCCCCCCCCCCCCCCCCCC